AUGUCUCUCGGAAAUGUGGCCAGUCAUCAGGACCUACAGCACACACAGCAUCCUCUACUUGGAGUCAUUGGGGUGAACAAUGCGACAAAGGCUAGAAAGGAGUCGGGAGUGGAAUGGAAGUUGGAACGGCAAUCAACUCAGACCGCGACCUUCUCUUGCAGUCAAACGCAUCGCAUGCAUUACUAUCCCCACCACUUUCAACCGAACCACUAUUACCCGAGCCAUUACCACCAGGCCCAGCUGGCUGAGUAUGCGCACUUGGGGCCAAUGGGCCAGAUGGGGCACCGACCGGCAUUGGUGGCGGCGGCCAGCAACAACAACGGAGCCUACGCUCCAACGUCGACUGGCAGCGCACACUCCGGCUAUGGCAUCGAGCCUUCCGUGGAGUACGAGCUGCAGCCGGAGUCGCAGUCGUAUCCGAGUGCAGGCAGUGGGCCCGCAUAUCCGCCCCACCACCACUCACCGCCGCAUCAUGCUCCUCCGCCACCGCCCAUGACCACGAAAUCCUCGAAGAAGUCAAAGAAAUCGGGUGCCGCUGUGAUGAACGCACUGACGCUGCUCUCGUUCUUCUUCUUUGUGAACAUGCUCCAGAACUGCCUGAAGGAUCACACGGCGGACAUGAAUCCCACCGUAAUGGUGCUCACGGCCAGCGGCAGUCGCAAUCGCUUCAACAAAUUAGCCGAGAUGAACUCACGCGAACAGACCUCCACCAUGGCCACGGCUGAGUCAGUGGCGGAGUCGGUGGCAGAGCCAUCUUGGCAGCUGCAGCCGGCCGUGGUGGCGGCACCCGCGUCCAGCUUGCCGGCCCAGCCCCUUGCCACUCCCGCUGUGGUGCUGCAAUCGCCGUACAGUGGCGGAUCAACGCACCAGCACAAUCCCAAGCCAAAUCCCCACGAUUAUCGGCCCCACAUUGAGGACGAUGAUUAUAAUUAUGGGCAACGCAGGCCACCUCCGCCGCCCCACACCGCCGCCGAUACGUAUCCGUACCCUAAUCGCACUCACGUGGACCACUCCUCGCGGCCGGACUUUGAAUCGGACUCCAGACCCGGGUCUGAUUACUAUCAGCACCACUAUUACCCGGACGGGAACGAGUCGCCCCGUUACGGCUACGGGUACGGGUACGGAUCGGGAAGGCGGGGGCAGCAGCAUCCUUGGUCUUACGGCUCGCAUGCUGGCAGGCAGCGCUACUCAUCCGCACCGUGGUCUUCAGCUUCGUUGGGCGCUCAGUCGGGCGUGAGCUCUUACUUGGAUAAUGCCCAGCGCCGGCAAGGUGGCGAUGAUGACCGGAGCUAUGGGGAUGUGGGGGCGGAUGGGGAUGAUGACGAUGGUCAGCAGUCGCGACGCCGUGAUGCUUUCUAUACCCGCACACGCAUUAAUUGAAUGCAAGAGUCCCGCGCACAUUUCUAAACCAGUGGGGGAGGAAAUUGGUAACAUUAACCCAUUCGGAGCGAGUGGGGUUGGUCUGACCAUUUCACCAGCCGGGUUUAAGUCUUUAAUCUCUGAGAUGGAUUUAUUUAGAGUAGGUUCAUUUGUAGCAAGACCCUAGUCAACAUUUUAUUAAAACACCUAAAGUAUCUACUUUUUAUUAUUAAUAUUUAAUUUAGAAAAAUUUAAAUGCAAAUUCUCUGAUCAAUCGCACUCUCCCCAGUAUAGAAAUAUUUUUAACCUCUACUAAAUAGUAAGUAAAACUCUAGAAAUUAGAUAGGUACUAUACAUAUAUUACAUAUUUAAGCAUUGAAAUAAAAAAAUUUAGGGUUAAUAUAGCUUAGCUCACAUGCAUUUAUAAUUAAAAGCAAACAACGAGUAGAACAGCUGACAAAAAAUGAAUGGAAAAUCGUGGUUUGCUUGUGG